GCCAUCUAGCGCGAGAGGCGCACCCCGGGGCGCUCCCGAGAGACUUGUGCUAUCAAAGUGCUUUCGUCUCGUCAUCGUCGUUGUUCAGCAUCGGUCGCGUCGGCUUCUCGUCUAUCGGUCGAUCCGCCGCCGCUUUGCCAGGAGUCUAUCCGCCGUUUCCGUCCCCGUCCUUUCCGCUGAAGUCAUAUCAGCCGAUAAUCGAUCCACCUGUUAAGCCGUCAAUGAGAGCAGGAAGGACAAGAUGGAGGAGGAAGAUAUAAGGACGGCAGUGGAGCUGUACAUUUAUGACCUCACCAAGGGAAUGGCCGCGAUGAUGUCGCCGAUACUUAUUGGUCGACAAUUGGAUGGAAUAUGGCACACGGCGAUAGUCGCAUACGGAAGAGAGUAUUUCUUCGGCCCCGCUGGCAUCCAGAGUGUCCGACCCGGCGGUACGGAGUUACGAGAUCCGCAAAGAGUCGAGAAGCUCGGCGAGACUUACCUGCCCUACUCGGUCUUCCUGGAGUACAUAAACGGCCUGGGGACCUCCACGUUUGCAACGGGCACGUACAACCUCUUCAAACAUAAUUGUAAUUCCUUCAGUGAGGAGGUCAGCAAUUUCCUGGUGGGCAAAGGCAUUCCCAAGUAUAUCCUUGAUCUGCCGGAAGAAAUAUUACAAACUCCUAUCGGACAAGCUUUAAGUCCGUUGAUAGAAACAUUAAGCAGCGGCUCAAGUGCUGGAUUCACGGUUGGCCAGAGAUUCGUUGAGCCGAGAAUCCAGAGAGAAACUUCGCCGGAAUAUCAACUCCUGAACACAGCUAUCGAAGAAGCAAGAUUGAAUUCAAUCGCGUUAGAAGAACGGAGGAACGUUAUUAACGAGAAAUUAGCGAAGAAAGACCGAAAGAAGAAAAAAAAGAAAAAGGAGAAGAAAGAAAAGAGCAGCAAGGAGGCCACCAGCAGCGACAACAACAGUACCGGACCGAGCAAUUGCUGUGCAGAUAUGGCGGAGAACGAAAGUGCAGUCGGCGAAACGCAGCAGGCGACUAAUGGGGAAACUGUACCCGCGGAGUUGCUGCCGUCUGAGCGAGUGAUGCAGAUGGAGGAGGACGAAAAGCGCGAGCAAGAAGAAAAGAAACGCCACCGAGAUCCACCAAUAGUUUUCAAAGACUUGGUGGAUAUACGAACGGAGUAUGAAAGUUUGGUAAGCGCUCUCAAAGGGAAAUUAAACGACGAGGAACAAACUUGCCUGGGUGAACUGCGGCAAUAUGUCUUGGAGGAUGAGGGUUCCUGGGCUUUAGGCGACAAUUUUCUGAACUUCGUUGGUCGAGUUCUUUACGAUAAAUCGUUAGAUAGUGAUGUACGAGUAAAACUGUUGAACGUGCUGUCCGUUGCCGCAUUGAAGGACGAUGUGAUUCUGUUGCUACAUCAAGAUAGGCGAGAGCAUAUCAUCAUGACUUAUGCAUUCGAUAUCGAUCGGCAUCCACCGGAGGAGCAACUUCCACUCGCACAAUUUUUGGCAAAUAUGUUCGAGAAUCUCAGCAGCUCGGAAUGGUUACUCUAUAUAUCGGAGUGGCAACAUCAGGAUCAGAACGUCAGCAGCAAUAUCAGCAACAUAAGGGUGACGACAAAGGUUGCGGUGCAUUCAUUGCUCUCAAACUCAGAAGACCUACAGAUCCGCGGUGCAGCUAUUAUCCACAACCUUGCUUGCAAGGAGAAAAUGAACAAAAGCAAAAAUCUGCGGCGACUUUUACCGAAAGGCAGCAUUUCUAAGGUGUUUGACGACAUCGCAGUGGAAUUGACGAUGGCGUUACUGCAAUACUUCAACGGUAGUCCCGCGGAGGAGCAGCUGUACACGUGUAUGAAGUCACUGGCGCGUUUCACGCAGAUCAGCGGCCAAGAAGUGCCGCAGCUCAUACAGAUGAUUGGACCAGAGCCGAAUAAAUUCAGGGGUACUUCCCAGAGGAUCGACGAGCAGAUCGAACAAGUUAACAAGAAGCUGCGUUAAAUGUUCAUCAACCAUCCGCGAAAAUGUCGUAUUCCAUAAGUGCGAGAUAAAACCGGACACGCUUCCGUUAUGUUCAAAACGGAUUUUUACUUAGAGAUUCUAUCGAGUCAGUCACAUUUAUUAUU